CUUUCAAACUCUUACACUGUGUUCCACUUAGGUAGUGUUUGGUAUGAGGUAAUGAGAGAAGGAAUGGAAUUAACCAUUCAGGGGUAAUACAAAUAAGAAUGUUUGGUUGCUAAAAGGAAAGGAAUAACCCAUUACUUACCUUAUUCCAUUCCCUCUAAAUAUGGCAAAAAGUAUUCCAGCGACCCCCCCUAUUUUUUUUUCAUUCCGUUCGGAAUAGAUAAGAGACUUCUCAAUUUUGCCCUCAUCCUCACCUAUUUUCCCUCGCUGAUUCGUUUCCUCUAAUCAAGGAUCUCUGGUUAUAUAUUUCUUUCAUCUUCAUCAGCAAGCAGAGCUUCAGCAUUUGAGCCCUAAAUCACCAGUUACUUGUUUGGAUUUUCGUCAUCAAACACAAAACCAGUUAUGGAAUCACAGCUCGAUUCUGAAAGGGGCCCAGGAAAAAAUAAAAAAAAAUGGAAUGAAGAUGAAGAUGAGAAGCUUGUUGCAGCCAUGCUUGAUGUGCUCAAUUCAGGUUCUAAUUACAAAUCAGAUAAUGGGUUUAAACCUGGAUUCUUCAAUGCGGUGGAGCGACAACUAGCAAUCUUACUUCCUGGAGCUGGCAUAAAAGCAAAGCCACAUAUAGAGUCACGCGUAAAAACAAUGAAGAGUGACUGGUCUGCGAUACAUGAUAUGCUAGCAUGGGAUAAUACAAGUGGUUUUGGUUGGGAUUACGAUAACGACAUGCUUGACGCUCCCAAACCUGUUUGGCAAGCUUAUGUACAGGUGCACAAAAAUGCAGCAAGAUGGAGAACAAAGAAAUUCCCUCAUUACUGGGACUUGUGUAAUGUAUUUGGAAAGGACCGGGCCAAUGGAAGAGAUGCCCAAACAGCUGCUGAUAUUAUAUCAGACAUAAAUAGAGAAGAACCGGAAGCCGGCGGAGAAGGAUUAGAUGAUAUGGAUGUUAAUCAACCAUUAAACAGCCCUUCAUAUGAUGCUUCUAGAGAAGAGUCAAGUACCCAGCGAAAGAGAAAAAGGCGCAACAGUUGGGAUCCUUUGAUGAAUAGCCUGAAAGAGUCUGCAGAAAUAAUCGGUGCAGAGAUUAGGGGGGCUUCAGAUACUUUCAAUAGAAUUUUUGGAACGGAGAGCAAUAGAGAGGAACUCCGUAACAAUCUUUUUGCGGAGAUGAAUAAAGUUGAAGGUCUAACUACUCGGGAGUGUAACAAGGCUGUAUGUAAGCUCGCGCAAAACGAGGAGUUGAUGGUAAUAUUUUUUAAGGUUGAUGAAGAUCGCAGGCUUGAAUGGGUACAGAACAUGCUUGAAGAUGUUUGAAUAUAUUGCUUGACGUGAUAUAAGAUGACUUUUGGAAUAUUAUUUAUUUUUUUUAGUUUGCAAAUUUUGGAUGAUUUUUAUUUUUUUUAUUUGACGCUUAUCGGAUGAUUUUUUUUUUUUGGUUGGAAACUUUUGAAUGAAUUUUGAAUUUUGUUA